CGUCUCUUCUCCAGAAUAGACAAUGGCUCAACUCAUACCUUAGAGCUACAAAGAUUCAGGCUACAUUCGACCUAACCACCAGUAACGACGAGAUGGAUGUAGAUCGACUGGAUAUGUUGCAUCACAUCUUCAAGCUCGUCUCAAAUGGAAAAUUAUGCAAAGCACUACUCCCAGAAGGGCACGGGGAUAUGGGUUAUUGAUUUCGCGGAUGAACAUCCCUCUGCAGAGGUCCUGGGCGUCGACUUAGCACCAAUACAACCCGAAUUCGUCCCCCCAAACUGCAAGUUCGAAAUCGACGACAUAGAUGAAGACUUCACCUACCGGCGCCCCUUUGAAUUCAUCCACUGCCCCUACAUGGCCUACAUCGUAAAAGACUGGCCAAGACUCAUCAGCCAGGCUUACCAACACACGGCGCCUGGGGGCUUCUUCGAAUUCACAGACUUCGACUUGGUAAUAAGAAGUGACGACGGCAGCCUCGACAACACGACCAUGAAAGCCUGGACCGAAACGAUGCCUCAAGCGAGACGAAUGCUCGGUCGCGAGCCCUGUCUAGGACCUAAACUCGAGCAAUGGAUCCGCGACGCAGGCUUCACGAUCAUAGUGAUAAAAUAAUACAAGCUGCCGAUCGGGCUGUGGCCCAAAAGUAAAGGAUGAAAAUUCCUGGGGCGUAUUAUCACGCGACGGUUACCCAGGGGGUCGAGGGCUUUAGCCUGAGGCUGUAUAUGAAUGUGCUGAAGUGGAGUUAUGAAGAGUUGCAGGUUCUGUUGGCGAAGGUGAGGAAAGAUUUGAAUACGAGGAGUAUUCAUGUUUAUACGGCAAUGUAUAAAAUUAUUGGACAGAAACCGGGGGUGUCUGAGACGGCA